AUGUCGUAUGCUGUUUAUGUCCUCACACUAGGCUGGCAUGUUGAUCAGGCGAUUUUAUCUGAAGAGGAUCGCGUUGUAGUGCUUCGAUUCGGUCAUGACUGGGACGAGACAUGCAUGAAGAUGGACGAGACUCUGUUUGGUGUGUCGGAAAAGGUCAAGAACUUUGCGGUUAUUUAUCUGGUGGAUAUCACGCAAGUGCCUGACUUUAACAAAAUGUAUGAAUUGUACGACCCAUGCACAGUUAUGUUUUUCUUCCGCAACAAGCACAUCAUGAUUGAUCUGGGCACAGGUAAUAAUAACAAGAUAAACUGGGCUAUUGAUAGCAAGCAGGAGAUGAUCGAUAUCAUUGAAACUGUGUACCGUGGUGCUUCGAAAGGUCGUGGUUUGGUGAUCAGUCCCAAAGACUACUCGACACGGUAUCGGUACUAA